AUGGACUCAACUGCGAGGGGCGCGCAGCCGAGCCUCCCUGGCCAAAAAAGUGUCAGUGGCUCCCGAGAGCUGCUGCAAAAGCUUCCUGAACUACAGAAGCCCCCUGUCCCACCAAAGCCUCCAUUCAGAGAUCCCCAGGGUGUGCUUAAGAGAUGUGUAAAACGAAACGAGCCCAGUCUCCUACAUUUAAAAGCUCGCGAAGAGAUGAUUUUUCCAGGUUGGUACACAGAGCCACAGCCAUCUAAAGGUCUGGAGCAACGGCGCCGUGAAGUUAUCCACCUAACUUCUCAGCCAUCCUCUAAAGAUGCCACUGACCAACAGCCCUUAAAGGAUGUGAUGUCAACCCCUCCUCUCCCAAGGCUUCCCAUUAAGAGUUAUAUACAGCAGGACCCUACUUCCAAAUCUCAACUUAAUGAGUACCACAGUACUGACUUUGUUUUGACUGACAGUGAAACUGUGAUUUCGGGGUCUGAUGGUGAUGAUGCAGGAUUGCUAAUUGUGAAGCGCUGGGAAAAGUAUUACAAGAACGUAUGCAAGCUGCGAUGCAUCCCCUUCUUUGCACGCUACAGACUAUGGAAACCCCUCUAUGUCUGGCACAGAAAUGUUCGUGCCAACAAGAUGACUUUGGCCAGGGAGUCACUACAAAAAAAUUUGUUUAUUGUCAUUCCGAAUCUAAGUCCUGCACUGAUGGAUAUUAGGAAAAUGUGCUGCCAACUUAUUGAAACAGGCUUCUGUCACAUGAAGAAAAAGUAUGCAUACACACUGCAGGAAUUCCAGGACAGUAAGAUCAAACAACUACAAGAGGCAUACAGCGACCUGAAGAGGUUUCAUGAACUAGUAAAGGAGGAGACAGUUUAUACCUGUGGCCGCUACUUGAUGGAUGCUAAAGCUCGUGUUGGUGCGUACAUGAUCUUUGUUCGACUUGUUGACUAUUUGGUUAUCACCACCUUGCACAGCUGUGCAGUGAAUGCAGUGGAUGAAAUACUGACUCUCCUGCAAGUGCAGGCAGGUCAAACACCCAGCAAUGCCAUCAUUCAAAGCUGGACCCUUGACUCAGACGCUGCCACUGACUGUACUGAAAAAGAGAUGGAUAAAAAGACUGUUGAGUCAGAAGCUCCUCAAUUCCAUCCUGUAUUCAUGUCUGAGUUGAUCCUGGACACAAACAGCUUGACUUAUAAACCCUCUGAAGAGAACUUCCAGGAGACUGUUGCAGAUUUUAUCAAGCAGUUUGAGAACAUGGUGACGUCAGUUAAGGAUCUUACUAAAGAUCCUAUUUUUAAUUCAGUGAUUGAACCUCAAAGGGGUGAGGUGGUAAAUAAAUAUGAAAAUGCACCCUCUUUGAAAGUUAUCCUAAACAAUGACGUCUACCUGCAAAGUAUAAAGCAAAGCAUCCAGAGGUCAUUCCAGAUUGUAUUUGCUGCUGCAAACGUGUACUCACACAUGUUUGAGCACUUUCUGAGAAUCUACAAGGAGAAUCAAAGUUUAGAUCUGGAUGCACUGCAGGGACAGGAUCAUGAUUUAUCCUUCUUUGAAAAAGCACUCAAGUUAUACCCCACACAGCAAAAGGAAGCCGCAUGUAUUCAGCAGAGGACACAUCUCGGUUUACUGCUUGUGGACAAAGGACAGCUCAAAGAGAAGCUUGUGUCAUCUUCCCUCCGAAAUCUGGAGGUCAUCAAUCACAUCCUCUCCCAACUCGCUAAGAGGAAAGUAGAUGCCAUAGUGACUGAAGUUUGUGAGGCCGAAGUUAAACUAGGGUUCAGUCCCUCUACUACAGCUCAGCUGGCUGACUUUCUCACAUUUGUGGAUGAGAUUCAAGAGAGGAUUAUUGAAAUAAAAGAAGAGCAGAAAUCAGUAUCCAAAAUGUACGAUCUGAUCAACAUGUACUCAGUUCCCACACCACCAGAAGAUCUUGUGAAGUUUGCCGCACUGGAACCCUUUAUUGAGUCGUUAAGCUCUGUCGUGCUAAAGGCAGUGCUACAGCGGAAUGGUACUAUGGAAAAGUUUUGCAGCUGCUUGGAGAAGGAUAUAAAGGAACUCAAACAGGAGGACAUGAAAAUCCAGCUUAAAUUGCAGGAUCCACAAAUUCUAGACAUCAAUGCUGAUUCAUCACAAGUGCAUCUGCUGUUGAGGGAGAUCAAGAUUUCCAUAGAAAAGCUACAGGCCAAAGCAUCCACCUGCAUAGCCUACCAGAAGAAAUUCAAGAUGGAGGUGACCAAAUUUGAGUCAUUGGAGCAGCUAACGGCAAUGUUCAAGCUAAUGCAGCUGCUCUGGACCUCUCUGGAGCAAUGGGACCCUUUACAGAACGGAUGGCAGCAGAGCACACUUCAACAACUGGACAUGGAGCAGUUUAGCUCACAAGUCAACAAAUACAACAAGUACGUCAACCAGCUUGAGAAGGGUCUGCCACGUAACAAUAUAGUUCCCUGUCUGAAGAACAAGGUGGACGUGAUGAUGCACAGACUGCCUGUGAUCACUGAUCUUCGUAACCCAUGUCUGAAACCGGAACAUUGGAAGACCUUGGAGUCUUUGGUGGGGACUUCCCUCAAUGUGGAUGAACUCACCAUAGCUGGUUUAGAAGAGCUCGGUGUUUUCUCAUAUGGCAAAGAGAUUCAGGAGGUUUCAGGACAAGCUUCAGGUGAGGCAUCAGUGGAGGCCAUUAUCACAAAGGUGGAGGAUUUGUGGAAGAACACAGAGUUUACUGUGCUGUCUCAUGGUGACACUAAGAAUGUCUUUAUCUUGGGAGGCACGGAUGAUAUUCAGGUACUCCUGGAUGACAGCAUUAUCAGUGUGGGCGCAGUGGCAUCCUCACGCUAUGUAGCUCCCAUCAAGGGGAGGGUCAAGAAAUUGCUGACACAGCUGACCCUUUUUAACCAAACAUUGGAGGAGUGGCUUACAUGUCAAAGGAACUGGUUAUACCUAGAAAGUAUCUUUUUGGCUCCAGACAUAAAGAGACAGCUGCCUGCUGAGUCAGAAAUGUUUCUUAAAGUUGACAAGUCCUGGAAGGAGAUCAUGGCUAAAGUUAACUGGAUGCCCAAUGCUUUUGAUGCAGCCACACAGACUGGUCUGUUGGAGACUUUGCAGGAGAACAAUGCUCUUUUGGAUGAGAUACAGAAGUGUCUGGAAGCUUACCUUAAGAAUGGAAAAACAACGCUGUUUUACUUCUUAUCCAAUGAUGAACUGCUAAAGAUUCUUGCUCAGACACGUAACCCUCAGGCAGUGCAGCCUCACCUCAGGAAGUGUUUUGAUGCCAUUACUCCACUGGAGUUUGCUUUAUUGCCUGAAAAACCUCCUGGUGCGCCAGAAAAGGUGGAUGGUGGAGAGCAGAAGACCAUAUAUAGCACAGACAUCCUGAAUAUGGUGUCCCCUGAGGGAGAAAAGGUGGGUUUGGCUAAAAGUCUGAAAGCACAGGGAAAUGUGGAAGACUGGCUUUGCAAAGUGGAGGAGGCUAUGUUCUCCUCACUGCAACAGCUCAGCAAGGCUGCCAUUGUAGACUACCAGAAGAAGUCUAGAGAGGAAUGGGUGGUGGCUGGACACCCGUCACAGGUGGUGCUGACCAUAUCACAGCUGAUGUGGUGCAGGGACAUGGAUGCAUGCCUGGAGGGAGACCAUGACCAUUUUGCUGCCUUGCAGAAAUUUGAAGGCACCAACUAUGAAAGACUGAAUGCCCUAGCAGCAUUGGUACGAGGACAGCUCCCUGCUUUACAUCGUAAUAUCAUCACAGCCCUCAUCACCAUUGAUGUUCACGCUAGAGACAUAGUCACUGAUCUAGUUCGACAAAAGAUUGACAACAGGUCCAGCUUUGAAUGGCAGAGACAGCUGCGCUACUACUGGGACAUGGACCUUAACAACUGUGUAGCCACAAUGGCACUGUCCACUUACACUUAUGGCUAUGAAUAUCUGGUAGCCUGUCCUAGGCUGGUUAUCACACCACUCAUGGACCGUUGCUACCUUUGUCUUAUGGGAGCUCUCCAACUGAACUUGGGAGGUGCUCCUGUAGGGCCGGCAGGAAUGGGCAAAACAGAGACCACAAAGGACUUGGCAAAGGCGCUGGCCAUCCAGUGUGUGGUCUUUAAUUGUUCAGAUGGACUGGACUAUAAGAUGAUGGGUCGGUUCUUCAGUGGGCUGGCACAGUCAGGAGCUUGGUGUUGUUUUGAUGAAUUUAACCGAAUCGACAUUGAAGUGUUGUCUGUCAUCGCUCAGCAGCUCAUAACCAUAAGAAAUGCCAAAGCUGCUAAGCUGUCAAGGUUUCUAUUUGAGGGCCGGGAGAUCAAGCUGGUGAUGACAUGCGCUGCAUUCAUCACUAUGAACCCAGGCUAUGCUGGAAGAACAGAAUUACCCGACAACCUUAAAGCUCUCUUUAGACCAAUAGCAAUGAUGGUUCCAAACUAUGCUCUUAUUGCAGAGGUGAUUUUGUACUCAGAAGGAUUUGAGUCUAGUAAAACCCUUGCAAGGAAGAUGACCCAGAUGUACAAGCUGUGCUCAGAGCAACUGUCCCAGCAGGACCACUAUGACUUUGGGAUGAGAGCUGUCAAAUCUGUCCUGGUCAUGGCAGGAUCACUGAAGAGAGAGAACCCUCACCUUAGUGAGGAUGUGGUUCUAAUUAGAGCACUGAGAGACUCCAACCUGCCAAAGUUCCUCACUGAUGAUGCCGUGCUGUUUGGUGGUAUCCUGUCAGACCUGUUUCCUGGUGUUUGUAUCCCUGAACAUGACUAUGGUGUACUACACUCAACCAUUGUGGAGUCUCUGGUUAAGCGAAACCUUCAACCGUUGGAUAGCAUGACUAAGAAGGUGAUUCAGCUUUAUGAGACCAUGUUAUUUCGCCAUGGAGUUAUGUUGGUUGGACCAAGUGGUGGAGGUAAGACCACUGUCUACACCAUCCUGGCAGACACUCUGGAGACCCUCCAUCUCAAAGGGCACCAGGCUGUCAACCCCUUCUAUCAGCCUGUCAAGACCUAUGUGCUCAAUCCAAAAUCUGUCUCAAUGGGAGAGCUCUAUGGAGAGAUUAAUACUUUGACACUGGAGUGGCGUGAUGGACUGAUGGCACUGAGGGUCCGUGACGCAGUCAGUGACACUAGUGAUGACCACAAGUGGGUUAUCUGUGAUGGACCAGUUGAUGCCCUUUGGAUCGAGAACAUGAACACUGUAUUGGAUGAUAACAAGAUGCUCUGUUUGGCCAACAGCGAGCGAAUCAAACUUACUCCAUCCAUACACAUGGUGUUUGAGGUUCAGGACUUGGCUGUGGCAUCUCCAGCCACAUUAAGUCGCUGUGGAACGGUUUUUGUUGAUCCUGAUGAGCUCAAGUGGAUGCCCUACAUGUAGACAUGGAUUACUGGUCUAGGGGACAGGCUUCCAGACCCAGUGGGUGCAUACCUGAUGGAGAUGUUCAAGCAGUACGUGGAGAAAGGUCUACAAUUUGUGUCCAAGCAUUGUGUCCAAGCAAUUCGCCAAGUGGACAUCAAUAAAGUCAGCACUCUGUGCUCCUCGGAGGUUCUUCUGCUGGGUAACGGAGGGCCAGACCUCAAGAUGAAUCCCAAGCACCUUGAUGGUGUACUAUGUCAGACCUUCAUAUUUUGCUAUCUAUGGGCCGUAGGUGGCAAUCUGACUAGUUCUCACUGGGAUGCUUUUGAUACCUUCAUCAGAGAGCAAUUUGAAGGCAACAAAAAUGCAAAGGUAUGCACCUGUGACCACAACACCUACAGAAAUGUCUACAUGAAUUUUAAUCACAGCGAUCUGCAGUUAUGGACAGCUAUAAUCCCUUCAUUUAAAUAUAAUAGGGAACAACCUUUUUUUGAGAUGCUGGUUCCCACUACAGACACUGUUCGCUAUGGAUAUCUGAUGGAGAAACUGCUAUCUGUGCGCCGUUCUGUACUCUUCACUGGUGACACGGGAGUGGGAAAGACUGUGGUGGCCCGGGGCCUUCUUAACAGGAUCCAGGAAAAUGCAGGAUAUCUUCCUGUCUUCAUCAACUUCUCUGUUCAGACCUCCUCUGCCCGUACACAGGAGAUCAUUGAGUCCAAACUGGAGAAAAAGAGAAAGAACAUUUUAGGUCCUCCAGGAAACAAGAAGUUGGUGGUCUUUGUGGAUGACUUGAAUAUGCCUAAGCUGGACAGUUAUGGAUCUCAGCCUCCUAUAGAACUCCUGCGUCAGUUCCAGGACUUUUCUGGGUUUUAUGACAGAAACAAGUUCUUCUGGAAGGAGAUCCAGGAUGGCAUACUGCAGUGUGAGCCAAGUCAAGUAAGAGACAAGACCCAGAUCUUCCGCCUUUUCUGCCAUGAAUGCCAGCGCGUAUUUCAUGACCGACUCAUCAACACCCAAGAUAAGACCUACUUCAACACCAUCGUCUGUGAGAUGGCCAGGUGAUAUUUUGACAUCCACUUAGAGUCUUCACAUUUUGUGUCUCAUCCCAUAAUAUUUGGGGACUUCAUCAAGAUGCAUGCAGAAAAAGAAGAUCGCCUGUAUGAAGACCUGACAGACAUGAAUAAGAUCCAGACUGUACUUCAGGACUAUCUCGAUGAUUACAACAUGACCUUCUCCAAGGAGAUCAAGCUGGUUUUCUUCCAGGAUGCCAUUGAACAUGUCUCCAGGAUUGCUCGUAUGAUUCGCCAGGAGCAAGGCAAUGCCUUGUUAGUCGGGGUGGGAGGUACAGGCAAGCAGUCACUCACUCGCUUGGCAGCGCACAUGUGUGGGUACCGCUGCUUUGAGAUUGAAUUGAGCAGAGGUUACAACUAUGACAGCUUCCAUGAAGACUUGAGGAGGCUCUACAAGAUGGCUGGUGUGGAGGGCAAAGAUAUGGUGUUCCUUUUUACAGAUACUCAGAUUGUAGUAGAAGAAUUUUUGGAGGAUAUAAACAACAUGCUAAACUCUGGUGAGGUGCCUAAGCUUUUUGAAAAAGACGAGCUAGAACAAGUACUUGCUGCUACCCGCCCUAAAGCCAGAGAGGCUGGAAUCAGUGAAGAGAACAGGGAUGAGGUGUUCCAGUUUUUCAUCUCCCGUGUACAAGAAAAACUACACAUUGUGCUGUGUAUGAGCCCUGUGGGCGAUGCUUUCAGGUCCCGAUGUCGCAUGUUUCCUUCACUGGUUAACUGCUGCAUUAUUGACUGGUUUGUGCAGUGGCCCCGGGAGGCGCUGCUCUCUGUCUCUGAGGCCAAUUUCCAGAAUGUGGACUUUGGCAAUGAGAAGCUAAAACAGAACAUCUCUGCAAUGUGUGUCGAGAUACACGUUAGUGUCACUGAAAUGGCUGAGCGCUUCUACUUAGAGCUGAGACGCCGGUACUACACCACACCUACCUCCUAUCUAGAGCUUAUCAACCUCUACCUCAGCAUGCUUGGCAACAAGAGACAGCAGUUAGUUCUGGCCAGGGAUCGUGUAAAGAAUGGUGUCACUAAGCUGCUGGAGACCAAUGAGCUUGUAGACAAAAUGAAGGUGGACCUUUCUGCUCUGGAGCCAGUCCUCAAACAAAAAUCUACUGAUGUCGAUGCCCUCAUGGAGAAAUUGGCUGUAGAUCAAGACAAGGCUGAUGAGGUACGUAAAGUAGUAAAAGAAGAUGAGGCACUGGCCCGAGUUAAGGCUGAUGACGCACAGAGGGACUUAAAUGAGGCUCUGCCAGCUUUAGAGAGUGCCAACGAGGCCCUCAGAUCUCUUGACAAGGCUGACAUCUCUGAGAUCAAGGUGUUCACUAAACCCCCAGCCCUGGUGAUGACUGUCAUGGAGUCUGUCUGCAUCUUGCUUGAUUGCAAACCAGACUGGCUAAGUGCCAAGCAAUUACUGGGCGAUCCCAACUUCCUCAGGCGUCUGACAGAAUAUGACAAGGACAAUAUCAAACCUAGGAUCCUGCUGAAACUACAAAAAUACAUCAAUGACCCUAAUUUCAUGCCUGAAAAGGUGGAAAAGGUAUCAAGGGCGUGCAGGUCCAUGUGCAUGUGGGUCAGAGCUAUGGAUCUUUACUCGAGAGUCUUCAAAGAGGUUGGCCCCAAGAGAGAAAAACUGGCCAAGGCACAGGUCCAGCUGGAUGUGACCAUGGCAACCCUAAAAGAGAAGCAGAAGAAGCUUCAGGAGGUGGAGAACCAGAAGGUCCUGCAGGAGCAGUUUGAUAGCAGCAUGAAUGAGAAAGAAGAUUUGGUUAAUACGAUGGCUCUGACACAGGCCCGUUUGAUCAGGGCAGGGAAGCUAACGUCCGCUCUUGGUGACGAACAAGUACGCUGGGAAGAAAGUGUAGACCUGUUUGAGCAAGAGAUCAUCAGUGUUGUGGGAAAUGUCUUCAUUGCAGCUGCUUGUGUGGCAUAUUAUGGCGCAUUUACUUCCCACUAUAGACAGCUGCUAAUUGACCAGUGGAUAACGCAGUGCCAGAACCUGAACAUCCCAAUCAGUUCCACUUUUAGCCUGAUUAACAUUCUUGGUGAUCAAUAUGUCAUCCGCCAGUGGAAUGCAGAAGGUUUGCCUCGUGACACUGUUUCUACAGAGAAUGGCAUCCUGGUGACUGAGGGCCACCAGUGGCCUCUUAUAAUCGAACCACAGGAUCAGGCCAACUGAUGGAUCCGCUCCAAGGAGGCUAAACAUGGUCUAAAGGUGAUCAAGCUAACGGACUCUGGCUUCCUUCGUACCCUAGAGAAUGCCAUAAGCAUGGGUGUCCCUGUACUGCUAGAGGAGUUAAAGGAGACCCUGGAUCCAGCCCUGGAGCCCGUCUUGUUGAAGCAGACGUUUGUGGCUGGCGGCCGAACAACGAUCCGACUGGGAGACUCUGAUAUUGACUAUGACAAAAAUUUUAGGUUCUAUAUGACCACAAAGAUGGCCAACCCACAUUACCUGCCAGAGGUUUGCAUCAAAGUUACAAUUAUCAACUUCACUGUCACUAAAUCUGGCUUAGAAGACCAACUUCUCAGUGAUGUGGUGCGUCUUGAGAGUCCGCAUCUUGAGGAACAGAGGAACGAGCUGAUUGUGCACAGCAACGCUGACCGCAGCCAGCUGAAAGAUAUUGAAGACCGCAUUCUUAAGCUUCUCUUUACCUCUAAGGGGUAAAGAGAGGAGCUAGUUCAGACUCUCCAGGAGUCAAAGGUGACUUCAGAGGCCAUAAAGCAACGUCUGGAAGAGGCAGAAGCAACUGAGCUGAUGAUAAACUCUGCGAGGGAGCGCUACAGGCCUGUGGCCACUCGAGGAUCUGUUUUGUACUUUGUCAUUGCCAGUCUGUCAGAGAUCGAUCCUAUGUACCAGUUCUCACUGAAGUACUUUAAACAGCUCUUUAAUUCCACCAUCGAGACAUCAGAGCAGAGUACUGUGCUAGAAGAGCGCCUUCAGAUCCUCCUGAAUCAAAUCUUGCUAAACUCCUACAUUAAUGUGUCACGUGGACUCCUCGAGCAACACAAGCUUAUCUACAGCUUUAUGUUGUGCGUAGAAAUCAUGAGGCAGCGUGGCGAGAUCUCUGAUGGGGAAUGGUGGCACUUCCUAAGAGGAGCUUCUUCACUGAAAAAGGAGUAUCCAGAGCGACCAGAUGUGCCAUGGCUAAGUGAUUCUUACUGGCAGACAUGUUGUGAGCUGGAGGACACACUGCCUUGCUUCAAGGGCAUCUCCAAAGAAAUCACUAGAACCCAUAUCCAUAUUAAGCUAGGGCAUCUUGAAGCAUCUUUAAAUCCAGAAAAAUGGAAAGGCUAUGUGUCAGAGUUGCCUUCUCUCGAGGAGUCCAAAAAGGAGAAACAGGAGAUGAAAGGCUACUGGAAUGAGCGAUUGGGAUCUCUCCAGAAACUAGUUCUUAUCAAGAGCUUCAUGGAAGAGAAGGUGGUUUUUGCAGCAACUGAGAUUGUGAUUGUCAACCUGGGGAAGGAGUUUGUGGAAAACCCUCCAGUUGACCUGGCUAAUCUCUAUAAUGACAUGUCCCCUACCACCCCACUGAUCUUCAUCCUCAGCACAGGUUCUGACCCAAUGGGUGCCUUCCAGCGCUUUGCAAAUGAGAGGGGGUGUCUCGACAGGGUCGAGGCUAUCUCACUGGGGCAAGGCCAGGGACCUAUAUCGGAGAAGAUGAUCCAUUCAGCGCUGACGAGUGGCAACUGGGUCUUCUUGCAGAACUGCCAUCUGGCUGUGUCUUGGAUGUUAGCCAUGGAGGGGCUCAUUAAGACCUUCACUGAGCCUGACACAUCAGUCCAUGAGAACUUCCGUUUGUUUCUCAGUUCCAUGCCAACCAAAGUAUUUCCUGUUACAGUGCUCCAGAACUCCGUUAAGGUGACUAACGAGCCUCCUAAAGGCCUGCGAGCCAACAUGCGACGAGCCUUCACAGAGAUCACCAGCAGUUUCUUUGAACACCACAUUUUGGGACGCCAGUGGAGGAAGAUUGUCUUUGGAAUCUGCUUUUUCCAUGCAAUCAUCCAGGAGCGGAAGAAGUUUGGUCCCCUGGGCUGGAACAUCCGCUACGAAUUCAAUGACAGUGACAGAGAAUGUGCUCUGCUCAACCUCAGCCUGUACUGCAAAGAUGGCACCAUCCCUUGGGAUGCUCUGGUCUACAUCACUGGUGAGAUCACGUAUGGAGGGAGAGUGACGGAUGCCUGGGACCAACGGUGCCUAAGGACAAUCCUCAAAGGCUUUUUUUCUCCAGAAACUCUGCAGCCCGGCUACACCUACUCCCCCUCAGGUGUUUACUACGCUCCAGAGUCAGAUGAACUCGAACAAUAUAAGAAGUAUAUUGAGAAUCUUCCAAUCAUUGAUGAUCCUGAGAUCUUUGGUAUGCAUGAGAAUGCCAACUUGGCUUUUCAGUGUCAAGAAACUAUAACUCUGAUCAAUACCAUACUGGAUGUUAAUCCUCGUUCUUCAGCACAACAUGGAGCUAAGAGUAACGAUGACAUAGUCUGCGAGCUCGCUGAACUGAUUCUAGCCAAACUGCCCAAGCGACUGGACAUGCAUGAAGCAAUUGACACACUGUUUAUCAAAGACACCAAUGGGUACCUGAACUCCCUCACAAGUGUUUUGGCCCAAGAAGCAGACCGAUUCAACAACCUGCUUAAAGUUCUCAGGAUGUCUCUCAUCACUCUGCAAAAGGCAAUAGCAGGUCUCGUUGUGAUGUCAGAGGAAAUGGACCGAAUCUACACAAGCUUUCUGAACAACCAGGUCCCCACUCACUGGGCAAACUCUGCCUACCCUUCCCUCAAACCGCUGUCUUCUUGGGUCAGAGACUUGACUUUCAGAACUUCCUUUAUCCAGCCAUGGCUCACUAGAGCGGCUCCUAAACUUAGUUCCUUUUGGUCUUUUGGUUUGUUUUUCCCUCAAGGCUUUCUUACUGAAGUGUUGCAGAAUCAUGCCCGACGUUACAGUUUGCCUAUUGACGAGCUCAAUUUCCGCUUCAGCGUGGUGACGGCCUACAGGGAUGAGGAAGCAGUCUGUGAGGCUCUACGCACUCUUCCCAUUGGUGCAAAACUGGACAUGGAUGAGGAGUUACCAGAGCCGCAGGACGGUGUACUUGUUCACGGCAUGUUCAUGCAUGCCUGCCGCUGGGAUGAUGUCGGUAUGGUGAUUGAUGAUGCGCUGCCUCGGGUUAUGAACGCCAUGCUGCCGGUGGUGCACUUUGAGCCACAGCAGAACUACGUCCCAGAGCCUGACCUCUACCACGCUCCUCUGUACAAGACCUCAGCCAGAGCUGGCACUCUGUCCACCACAGGUCACUCAACUAAUUUUGUGGUGACAGUAAUGCUUCCCUCCAAGCGACCCAGCGACUACUGGAUAUCCAAAGCCUCCGCACUCCUGUGCCAGUUGGAUGAUUAAAUUUUUAUUCGAGGACAAAGCAGAAUUUUGAAUGGCACCAAAACAUUUGCACAAACUUGAAUUAAGUUUGUCUAAUAGCAACACAGACCGUAAUAAA